CGUAAAAUCGGGUAGGGGUUUAGGGCAAUAAAGAGGAAGUCGCCCACAAACAAAGAUUAGGGUUUAUUAGGGUUUAUAGAUCUUGCAAGAAAAGACACCGUUGGUAGCAAUGGAUUCCUUUUCAUCGCCGUCGAGUUCAUCGUCGUCAUCGCAGAUGUCUACUGAAGACUUCAUGGAUCAGCUUAAGGUUCAACUUGCUCAGGCUUACGCCGAGGAGUUCCUCGAGACAGUGAGGGGAAAGUGCUUUGACAAGUGUAUCACUAAACCGGGCAGCAGUUUGAGUGGGGGAGAAAGUAGUUGCAUCUCCAGGUGUGUGGAUCGUUAUAUUGAGGCUACUGGUAUCAUUAGCAGAGCCCUUUUCAACCAACGGUAAAAAUCUGAAAGCAGAGUAUUUUUAUUUGAAAUGUUCAUUUGUAACUUGCAUAAUGCUUUCUUAUUAGGAAAGUGAGGACCAUAAGCCAUGUUUUUUUAUAAUUAAACUCGACGUUUUUGAUUCAAUUAAGUUUGAAACUUUCAGUCACGUAUCUGAAUGGUUUGCUUUCGUA